AUGUCUGGCCGGUCGGGAUCAAAUCCCCACCGUCGCCAUUCUCGAGAGCCUCUUGACGACUUUCCGCCGCUUCCUAUACCGCCUCGGCUACCCUCUCUUCGAGCCCUUGCUCACGCUCAGCGAGAUAGAGAACGAGACAGCCCCUCGCCGACUUCCAACCGUCCCCAGUCCCGACACUGGUCCGCCGCAUCACGUCGCGCCGACCGCAUCCGGAACCUGGAGAACAGAGCGCCCGGCACCGCCUUCGACGACUUUGAACGCCCUAUGGACGACGGCUGGCCCACCUCUCGACGUACUGACCGCAUGCGAGCUGCCGUAGCCGCCGAGAACAGCAGGCCCACCAAUCUCGAAGACCUGGAUCGGCAUCUCGAAGAGGCCAACUCGCACCUACGGGCCCUUCUCGACCUCCAGCACCACCCCAGCCUCACUCCUCCACUCAUGCCACCUAACUUCUCCCCUCCGCUCCGCCCUUCAGAUCUCCCCGACUCGAACCGACGGCACAAGCGCCGAAAGCUGGACUCUGACCGUCUUGCGCCCGCUUUCCGGGGUUUUCGCUAUGGAAAGUAUGGCCAGGUCGAGCAGGGCGAUCUCAAGAUGGAGAUCGUCAGCUGUGACGGAGGCAUGUUCUCUAACGAGUCAUCCUACGCCGCCGAAAACAUUCUCAAAGACGACAACUCCGUAUACUGCACAAAGGGAAAUCGGUGUAACAUAGUCUUGAGACACCAAGGUGGUUCGGUCUUUACCCUCCAGGAGUUGGUUAUCAAGGCGCCUGCGUCAAUGAACUAUUCCCACCCCGUGAGAGAAGGAAUGGUCUUUGUGGCAAUGAGCCAGGACGAAGUACUCAGCCGGACAGCUCAGUACCAGAUUCAAUAUGCACCACGGACGAACGAGCCAACUCAUGACGGAGACCCAAGAGCUCUGCAGCCCAUCCCAACCGAGAUAAUAUCCGUCCAGCACCAUGAGAACGGAACCACAACCACAAGAUCACGACCAGCAUAUACAUACCAUAGUAGUACCGACGAAUACGAGUCACGGACUCCCCAGAUGCCACGAGAGUUCGCAUCUAACCUCCCCGACUUCCAAGUUACCACUGAAUGCAGCGACGACGAAGACGACGAGUAUGAAGGCGCUCGGUUCCCCCGCCGCGCACCCAAUCGUAUUGGCUCACUCCCUUUUGAAACCCCCGACUCCGACUCUGAUGAAGGUGGCAACCCCUUUGAUCCCGAAUAUCUCGACGACCACCAUCCUUCUCACUGGCGCCUGUAUAGUAGUGCCGCCAACACUAGUGGCCCAGGCUUUUCUCCUCCAUCGGCACGUCGUCGAGAACGCGAAAGGGAGCGCGAGAGAGAACGAGAGCGGGAGCGAGAGCGAGAACAUGAUCGCUCUAAUCGAUCUUUCUCCCUCACAGCAGCCUGGGAGGCACAUGCAUCCGCUACUCAAGAUGCCGUUCGAGCCGUUGGUGGCGGUCAGCUUCUCUCCCCGCACGCUCGUUUCUACAUCGAAAAGAAGAAGAGCAAAUGUACUAUACGCUUCGACCCCCCUGUGUCUGGCCGAUUCAUCCUUCUUAAGAUGUGGAGCUCCCAUCAUGAUCCCACCAGCAAUAUAGACAUCCAAUCUAUUCUGGCUAGGGGUUUUGCUGGACCCCGCUACUUUCCAUCGGUUGAGUUGCGGUGA